UUCCGAUGUAAAUAAAUACUGUUGUUAGGCACUGUGCGACGGAUUGUACUACUGUGUCAGCAUUGUGACCUGCUUAAAUAUAUACCUGCUUAUGUGUUAUUGCAUCUAAAUUGAGAUGCAACUUAAACAUAUAAAGACACUGUUAGAGCCACAGGAAGGAGCUUUUAAAAUCUGUGCUCUCGCAUGGGCACCAAACAAUCAGAAGUUGGCAGCAUGCACAGCAGACAGGGUUGUUCUCCUCUAUGAUGAACAUGGAGAGAAGAAGGACAAGUUUUCUCUGAAGCCUGCAGACUCAAAGUACGGCAAAAAAAGCUAUACUGUCAAGGGUCUAGCAUUUUCUUCAGAUUCUACCAAGCUUGCAGUUGGGCAAACAGACAACAUAGUGUUUGUCUACAAGCUUGGAACUGACUGGAGUGAGAAAAAAGUCAUAUGUAACAAAUUUGUGCAGCAAAGUGCAGUCACCUGUUUGAUUUGGCCCUUGGACCAGCCCAUCGUUUUUGGACUAGCAGAUGGAAAGGUUCGGAUUGCUAAUGUGAAGACCAACAAGUCGUCUACACUCUACGGUACUGAUUCCUACGUUGUCUCGCUGGCUACGAAUCUGUCAAACAAGGGUAUCUUAUCGGGCCAUGCAGACGGUACUAUCGUCAGAUAUUUCUUUGACGAUGAAGGGAGUGGAGAAUCACAGGGAAAAAUCACCGUUCAUCCGUCGCCGCCGUAUGCUCUGGCGUGGACGGCUAACUCAAUCAUCGCCGCGGGCUGCGACAAGCGGGUCCUCGCCUACGGCAAGGAAGGAAGAAUGUAUCAGCAGUUUGACUUCAGCCGUGAUGUCAAUGAGCAUGAGUUCACGGUGGCCGCCACCAGCCCGAGUGGCCAGUCUGUGGUGAUCGGAAGUUACGACAGACUGCGUGUGUUUAACUGGAGUCCUCGGAAGGGAGCCUGGGACGAGUCGAAAGCGAAGGAGAUACAGAACCUGUACACGAUCACACAGCUCGCCUGGAAGCGAGACGGCUCCCGCUUGGUUGCUGGAACCAUUUGCGGUGGCGUAGAACUGUUUGACUGCUCCCUGAGACGUUCCAUAUACAAGAACAAGUUUGAAAUCACAUACGUAGGACUAAGUCAGGUGAUCGUGAAGAACCUGUCAACGGGAACACGCGUCAUCCUGAAGUCUCACUACGGCUACGAGAUCGACGAGGUGAAGAUCCUUGGCAAGGAUCGCUACCUAGUCGGACACACCAACGAGACGCUGCUUCUCGGCGACCUGCAGCAGAACAAGCUUAGCGAGGUUGCAUGGCAAAAUACGGGAGGAAAUGAGAAGUUCUAUUUCGAAAAUGAAAACGUGUGCAUGAUUUUUAAUGCCGGAGAGCUGUCACUCGUAGAAUACGGUAAUAAUGAGAUCCUUGGAUCGGUGAGAACGGAAUUCAUGAACCCUCACCUCAUCAGUGUGCGUAUCAAUGAGCGAAAGGUAAAGGGUCACGAUGAGAACAAGAAAAUGGCGUAUCUAGUCGAUUUAAAGACCAUCAAUGUACAAGAUUUAGUCUAUGGAACGACUAUAGCACAAGUCAACCAUGACUCCAAGAUCGGGUGGCUUGAAUUGAAUGAGACUGGACGCCAGCUGCUGUUUCGAGAUAAGAAAGUCAGGUUGCAUCUGUACAACAUCGAGACGCAGACGCGCACGACGCUGCUUAACUACUGCAACUACGUGCAGUGGGUGCCAGGCAGCGAUGUUGUCGUGUCGCAGAAUCGCUCCAACCUCUGUGUCUGGUAUAACAUCGACGCCCCAGAGAGAGUCACGAUGUUCCCACUGAAAGGAGACAUCAUUGACUUGGAACGAGCUAGCGGAAAGACAGAGGUGAUCGUGAAUGAAGGAGUGACUACAGUAUCCUACACACUGGAUGAGGGACUGAUCGAAUUCGGCACGGCAAUUGACGAUGGAGAUUUUGCUAGAGCAGCAGCAUUUCUGGAGACUUUGGAGCUGUCGCCGGAAACAGAGGCCAUGUGGAAGACGUUGGCCAGACUCUCUCUCGAGGCCAGGCAACUGUACAUCGCUGAGAGGUGUUACGCGGCACUGGGUGACGUGGCAAAGGCACGCUAUCUGAGAGAAACGAAUAAAUAUGCAGAAUGGGCAUCUGUUCAGUUUGGUGGAGAUGGGAGUGAUUACUACAAGGUCAGGGCCAGACUAGCUGUGUUAGAUAAGCAUCUCAAGCUAGCAGAGGCUAUCUACCUAGAACAGAACAGCGUCGACGAGGCCGUCGAGAUGUACCAGGAGCUGCACAUGUGGGACCGCGCGAUCGACGUCGCCGAGGCGAAGGCUCACCCCGAGCUCGACGAGCUGCGCCGCCGCUACGAGCAGUGGCUGAUGUCGACCAACCAGGAGGAGAAGGCCGGCGAGGUGAAGGAGCAAGAGGGAGACCCGAUGGGCGCCGUCGCGCUCUACCUGAAGGCGGGGCUGCCGGCGCGCGCCGCGAGGCUCGCCACCAGCCGCAGGGAACUGAUCGAGAGCCAGGAUGUGAUUAAUCGCAUUGCGUCAGCACUCAUAAAAGCAGAGAUGUAUGAACAGGCGGGCGAUCUGUUUGAGAAGAUUGGUGAUUUCGAUAAAGCCCUCGAUUGCUAUCGACGAGGCGAAGGCUUUAGAAAGGCCGUGGAGCUUGCUAGAAGCCACUACCCGAGCGAUGUCGUCAAACUGGAAGAGCAGUGGGGUGACUACCUCGUCUCACAGAAGCAGCUGGACGCUGCCAUCAACCACUACAUCGAGGCCGGAGCAUCUAUCAAGGCCAUUGAAGCAGCCAUCAGUUCUCGUCAGUGGUCCAAAGCCGUGCAAAUUGUUGAGCUACAGGAUCCAGACCUUGCGUCAAAAUACUACUACAAGAUCGCGCAGCAUUAUGCUAGCGUGCAGCAGUACGAGCUGGCAGAGAAGUUCUACGUUGAAGCUGGAAUGACAACUGAGGCCAUUGAGAUGUACAACAGCGCAGGGUUGUGGGAACAGGCUCACAGGCUUGCAGCGAAGGCGAUGCGGCCAGACGAGGUCGCCGUGAUGUACAUCAAGCAGGCGCAGACGCUCGAGGAUAGAGGGCGCUACCGCGAGGCCGAGCUGCUCUACGUGAACGUCGACGAGCCGGACCUCGCGAUCACGAUGUACAAGAAGCUGCAGCAGUACGAGCACAUGCUGCGCCUCGUCAAGCAGUUCCACCCCGACCUGCUGCAUGACACACACAUACACCUAGCCAAGGAGAUGGAGACUCAGAAGCAGUUCCGCCAAGCAGAGCACAACUAUCUCGAGGGCAAGGAUUGGAAAUCGGCUGUCAACAUGUACAGGGCCAACGAUCUGUGGGAGGAUGCGUACAGGGUGGCAAAGGCGCAGGGCGGUGCGAACGCAGCAAAACAAGUGGCGUACCUUUGGGCGAAGAUGCUCGGAGGCGACAGCGCCGUGAAACUGCUGAACAAAUUUGGCAUCUUGGAACCGGCGAUCGACUAUGCGACCGAAAACGGGUCGUUCGACUUUGCAUUCGAUCUGGCAAGGAUCUCGGCAAAAGAGAAGGUGCCAGAGAUCCACCUAAAGUAUGCUAUGUUUCUCGAGGAUGAGGGGAAGUUCCAAGAGGCAGAGGCACAGUUCACCAAAGCUAACAAACCAAAGGAGGCCGUUCUCAUGUACGUUCACAACCAGGACUGGGCGUCUGCGCAGCGCAUCGCCGAGCAGCACGACCCGGACUCCGUCGCCGACAUCCUCGUCGCCCAGGCCCGCGUCGCCUUCGAGGAGAAGGACUACGCGCGCGCUGAGUCGUUCCUGCUGCGCGCGCAGCGGCCCGAGGUCGCCGUCAACUUCUACAGGGUUUAUUUGGGAGCCGACCUGAUAAAGGAUGCCAUUGACGCUUGCAUGGAAGGAGGAGAAUGGAACAAAGCAAAGAAGAUUGCAAAGGAACUCGACCCAAGGUUCGAGGCCUAUGUCGACGACCGCUACAGAGAGAAGCUGCAGAACGAGGGCAAGGCUGAACAGCUCGCCGGAGUGGACAUCAUCGCCGCACUCGACAUGUACGUCGACAGAGGGCAGUGGGACAAGGCCAUCGAUACGGCCCAGCAGCAGAAUCCGAAGAUCCUGCACAAGUACGUGGCCCUGUACGCAACCCAGCUCAUAAAGGAGAACAAUGUCGAGAAAGCAAUGGAUCUGUACGUGAAGCAUGGCUGUCCGGCUAACGCGCAGAACUACAACAUCUAUAAGCGUAUAGUGUUUGACAUGCUGGCCAUGCCAGGGAUGGAUGAACCCAGCUCCUACAGAACGUGGGCUGAUCUACGUGACCUGCUGUUUGACCUGUCUGAGAACAUAAAAAAGUCACCAGACGCAAACAGCAAGCAGCAUGAAGAGUUUGAGAACAUGCUGCUCAUUGCACAUUACUAUGCUAAUAGAUCCGCGUGUCUGGGGCAGGAGUCGCUGAAACCCAUGACUUCAAAGCUGUCGGCAAGCAUCCUCAGACAUACAGAUGUAGUUCCAGCCGACAAGGCAUUCUAUGAGGCGGGAAAACAUGCAAAGAUUGCAGGAAUGGAAAACAUGGCAUUUGUGUUUCUUAACCGGUAUCUCGACUUGGUUGAGGCCAUCGAGGAUGGAUCACUGGACAUGAUGGACAACAGUGAUUUCCAGGACACGGACAUUCCAUUUGAGAUUCCGCUGCCGGAAAAGCCUUAUCUCCCUGAGACGCAGCACGAGGAGACGAAGGAGUGGGUGCUCGCUGUCUCCAUGGACCAGAAGAUUGAGCAGGUGUUGCCGCAGGAUGAACGCAACACCUAUGAAGCCUCACUCGUCGCCGCCAGCACGGGCAUACACGCACUGCCCUGUGUCAUUACAGGUUAUCCAGUUCUGAGAAACAAGCUUGAGUUUAAGCAAAGCGGCCGGGCUGCCAAUAAAGAUGACUGGAACAAGUUUCUGAUGGCAACUAAGAUGUCGCACAGCCCCGACUGUCAGGACGUGCUACGCUUCAUUGGACAGUGGUGUGGCUCCACUCCAAAUCCCAGCUACUCGUUCCAGUGAUGACUGUCGACCGUGCCACCAUCGACAGUAUCGUGCUGCCACCUGUAGGACGCAAACACACCGAUUCCAGUGAACUGCAUUCCAGUGGUUAAAUACACCCGUCCGUAUCACGCUGCAUUCUACUACAUUAUUCUACAUUACAUUAAUAGUUUUGUGUUUGAAUAAGACAAGUGAGGAUCGAAUCUCACACAGUCGUGUUUCACGAGGUACUAUCAUAGUGUGUUAUCGUAAUGCCUUAAUUGCCAUAUAUAUAUAUAUACGAGCUGCCUCGGCGCUUAGUGCCUCGGCAGCUAUAGGUGAGGUGCAACGCGCCUCGGCAUCCGGUGAGAAAAUGGCCCGCGCGAGAGCUGAGACAGGGACACUGAAACCAUGAAAACUGCAUAAAAUGUGCCAACUUGGCUGUAUUUGUGUGCAUAUUUUGAGCAUAUCUGUCUUACCGGCUCUGUAUCAAUAGUAAGAAAAUUAGAACCGAGCGCUUUGCGGUAAGGUCGAUGGAAAUCCAUCAAAAUUCAGCUUUGUUCAUAAAAGUAUGAAAGCAAUAAGCAUAAAAAGUAAUCAAGCAAGCAUAUUUCCUUAAAAGAUCCACAACAAUUGCAUCAACAAUAUUCAAGUAUUGCGGCGCGGUGCAGGGCGUAGGACUGGAUCGAUUUGUUUUUGUAAGCCAUGUGUGUACGCGGGCGUACGGGGUUGCGGCGCAUGCACCAGUCUCAACCAAUCACGACCAAGUGAUAGCAGCAGCAGCAGCAGGACACGCCGCAAAUAUAUAAAUAUAUAUAUAUAUAUGUAUAUAUAUAAAAAGUAGAUUUCCACUCGUUGAUAAUCACUAGUUUGUGGUUACCACAACCUCUUGAAUACUCCCAUGUAGCAUUUCUCUGAUUGCUGACCAAUACUCCGUUCACCACACAAACAUCUUAUAAUCGUCCAAUACUCCAUACACUACAGAAACCACUUUCAAAGACUGCACACAAUUAUGUUCUAGUCUACUGCGUUGUAUUGUUUUGUGUACGGUGUUUGCUACUAUUCCACUAAUGGUUUUCCAAUAAUCCAUACACAACGCAAAUCACUAUUUCACUUUUCCUAUAUCAUAUGCAGUCCAACACUCGUGUGAACUUGGUAACACCAAUAAGUAUUACACGCUGUUUAAAGUAAGGAUUUUACCUCAUUCACUCCAACCACAACGCAACGCUUUUUUCAGAAUUGUAGUGGAACGAUUUACUAUUCUAGAUGCAGUAAGAGUUUUCUUGUGGCAUUAGUUGUUAUAUCAGCACAUAACUCGCACAUUUUCUCCAUGUGUUUAAAUUAUGAUAUAUAAGGUCGGUGUUAUAAAUUAGUACGUUAAAUUUAUCGUUGAGUGGUUCGUCUCAGGCGAUAUCUGGUCACAUAGAUAUGACAAUAUAUAGAGGGCGGAAUCACAUAGUUUAUUUGCAUUUCGUAUUGAAAUUAAUAGCACUCAUCUCGUGCGUUUAUUAUCCGUCCAUUUUACAUUGUCUGUGAUAGAUUAUUUUGCUGUUCUUUGUCACCUGAUUGGUUUCGUGCAAUAUAAAGAUUCUUCUGUUCGCAUAAACGUU